GGAAAUCUAGUUAGAAUCACUCUCUCUAAUUUCCAAAAUUGUUUGAAACUUCCUCCUCUUGGGAAUCUAAAAUCAUUACGAGAGCUCCAAAUAUCUGGAAUGAAUAUUGUGCAAUAUAUGGACAAUGAAUCCUAUGAUGUAGACUUGACAAGAGGUUUUUUGCGCUUGGAAACUCUUCGCCUUGAGGAUUUGCCAAAUUUGGAAAGGCUGUCGAGGGAGGAAGGAAAUGAUAUGUUCCCAUGCUUGUUCAGCUUGUAUGUGGAUAAAUGCCCAAAAUUGACUUUACCUAGCGUAGGGUCAGUAAAAGACUUGACAAUCUGUGAGGGCCAUGAGUUGCUCCUAAAAUCAAUUUCUGAUCUUCAUGGUCUUACAUCGCUUCGCAUAUACAACAGCGAUACCAUCACUUCCUUUCCCCCAGGGAUGCUACAAAAUCUCACAGUUCUCAAGUCACUUACAAUUGAUAGAUUCACAAAGCUUCAAGAGUUGCCCCCUGAUAUGCUAAUUGCACUCGGAGCUCUGGAAGAUUUAGAUGUCUCGUUUUGCCAUGAGCUCAGGUGCUUACCAGAGAGAAUACCAUUCCGAGGUCCUACCCUUCUUAAAAGCAUAGCAGUUAAGAGUUGUAAGAAGUUGAAAUCUUUACCUGAAAGCUUUCAGGACCUUACGGCGAUUCAAUCCCUAGACAUUGUUGAUUGUGCGAAGCUGGAGACAUUUCCAAGUUGUCUUAACCGCCUUUCUUCUCUCCAAAGUUUGACUAUGUCAGGCCUAGAACUAACAUCAUCAGGGCGCGGUGGUUACUCUUAUGAGUUACGUGCUUCUCAUAAGUUGGUUGCGUUGCCUGAGGCCCUGCAACACCUUUCUUCACUCGAAGUCAUGACCAUAUCUUAUUUUCUGGAGCUUACGACAUUGCCUGAUUGGCUUGGAAAUCUUGCAUCUCUUCGUGAAUUAAUCCUUGUUGGUUGCCCAGAUUUGACACAUCUACCGACGAGCAUCCAAAGUCUCUCCAAUUUGCAAAAAUUGGCAAUUGAAUCAUGUCCCAAAUUAGAGAAGCGAUAUGAAAAAGAAGUAGGAGAGGAUUGGCACAAGAUUUCCCACAUUCCAGAUGUCUAUGUCGGGCCAAAAAGAUGAAUGUAGGCAACACAGAACACUCCUUUGUGAUUCUCCUCGAACUCUCAAAAGGUGAAUUAUUCGUUAUUUACUUUUCUUCUAAUGUGUGUCAGUGUAUGUACUUAAUAUUUAUGAAAUAAAGAGCAUGCUGGCAAAAUAAAACCAAACCUAUCUCCUCUUGGGACCUCUUUCGAGUUUGAAAUCAACCGUGUUGGUGACAUUUGAUGCACAAAAAAUGUCUGUAUUUAAGUAAUUUAGUUUUUUUAAUCGACAAGGACAACAUUUUUAUUGGGUUGUUCUGAUAAUUAUGACUAGUUUCGA